GGGUUUGGUUUUCUUCCGGUUUCUCCUCCGCCGCCAAGCCCUCUCCCAAUCCAAUCCCAAUUCCUUAUCCUGUGGCCACAAAAUCGAUUGGGAAUCCCACACCAUAUAGGCAUCCUUGUUCUUCCCCCAAAAACCAGCACAAAUUCUCGUCGUUUUGCAUCAACUAUGAAUAUAAUCUCAUCCCCUUCCGUCGUCUCCGCCGUCGUCAUCUUUGAGAUUGAGAAUCUUCGCGUCCUCGGUCCCGGCUUGAAUCCUUUGGCUCCAAACUACUGCAUGGCCAAUCAUUCUCGCUAAGUCUCUCUCUUUCACUCUCACACCCUUCCUUUUCAAUAUUGUUCUUCCGGUCCCUUUUUUUUCUUUUUACUUUUUUUUUUUCCCUACAAAUUAUGUAAAUCUUGGGUUCUGGGGUUGAGAUUUGUUGUUGUAGUUGCGUAAAAGAGGGCUUGUGUUUUCUUUGUUGGUAUCAAAUCGUGCGUUUUUGGGUUGUGGAUUGCCCCGAUAGACCGAGGUAAUGGGCACGCUCAGGCGGUCGUUUAGGUCCAGUGUGGACAUGGAUGAUAGAGGAUGGACUCUGCUUCAUAUUGGUUGUCGAAAGGGCGACCUGAAACAGCAGGUGAGGCGGCUUCUUGACAAGGGAAUGGAUGUGAAUGCUGCUGCUUGGGGUCGCAAAUUGAAAGGGGUUACCCCUCUCCACCUAGCUGCUGAGGGUGGUCAUUUGGAUGUUAUGGAUGAAUUACUUGAGCGUGGAGCUAACAUUGAUGCCAGAACUAAGGGUGCUUGUGGCUGGACCCCGCUUCACAGUGCAGCCAAAGAGAGGAGGAGGGAAGCAGUGAAAUUUCUGGUAGAGAAUGGAGCGUUCUUGCCAGAUGACAUGUAUGAUUGUAGGUUUAACCCUCCCCUCCAUUACUGCCCUGGGCUUGACUGGGCUUACGAGGAGAUGAAGCGUCUUCAGCUAGAAAGUGCAUCAUCAGGGGAGAGCUCUUGCAGCUCUGAAAGCUAAGUACUGCUGCGGUUUCGUCACAGUUGGUUUGUUGAUUGGUCUUGUCUAUAUAAAUAUAUAGCACAGAGAUAAAUAAGAUGCAAGAUGCGCCUGAGUCACCAUCUUGUGUGUGUUUGGUUGCUCCUGUCUUGCAUGAAGGAUGUUCUGGUGUACUUAUAAAAGUCUUUAUGUCGUUUCGAACAUUAUCAUGGGCGCUAUUAUGCUCGUCAAGGGAACUCUUGUAGCUCCGAAAGCUAUUGAUUGUGUGGACUUGGCUUUUGUGUCACCGUGUCUGUAUGUUUGGUUCCUGAUGUUAUGUAUCCGAGAUGUUCGAGUGUGGUAUGAUGGAUUGGAUAACCUUACAAUGAUGUUAUAUGAUAAUAAUGAUUAUGGCCUA